AUGGAUCGCACGGAUUUGAACGAAGGAUUGACCAGCCUCGAUGCCGAAUCGCUGCGUUCGUUUUCAGAGAGUUUGCCUGACGAGUAUCACGAAUGGGUGUCAGAAUCUGGAAGGACUUCACGACAUGAUGAGCAACUUCUCGACGACUUUCCUCGGCCGCCAAGUCGAUCUGGGAACUUGAACGGGAAGAACCUUGACGCAAUCGUUGAAGAGGAAAUAAAUCCUACUCCCAAAACAUCAGUAAAGAACCUGCGUCGACAUAUCACAGCCAGUGAACUGGUCACUACAGAUAACGACUAUCCCCUCCUCCAGGAGCUCAAUCCUCAUGACGGCGCAGAAGAAUUCAACCCCAUUAAUGAAGAAGGAGCUUGCUACGACCUAAUCGCACCAUGGGACGGUGUCGAUGCGCCUCUACACAAGCUUGAACGUCUCACAGACGUCAUGUUUGGAGCGGAGCAUAUGUUAUCCAUUUUGAAUAACCCACGGUAUCUCGUGCGAUUUCGCGAAUUCUUACUCGAAGAGCGUCCCCGCUCCAUUUCCACCCUUACAUACUUCCUCAAUGCAGCCAAGGCGCUCAAAGCGAUUGAAUAUGCCAAUGCGCUCGUGCGUUUGUCCACCGAUAUUCCACCCCCAGCUGUACAGAUCGUCCAGGAAUCGAAUGAAGCUGUCGGUACCACUGUCAAUAAGGUUCUCGAACAACGAGUCGCAGAUGCGCUUAGAGCGUUGACGGCAGAGGAACUUCCUGCAUUCAUCACUUCGAGAUGUAUCACCAUUACCAGCAAGAUUGUUGAAGAGCGAGUGCGUGGCACAUUGCCACUGAAGUUUCGCGAGACGUCGAACGCGCUGGCGGAAGUCUUCUGUUUGACUGAUCCGUCUAGACCAGAUAAUCCUAUUAUUUUUGCAUCAGAAGAAUUCCAUCGCACAACGCAGUACGGCAUGGAUUAUGUCCUCGGACGAAACUGCCGUUUCCUCCAGGGUCCGAAGACAAACCCUAAUAGUGUUCGGAGAAUCAGAGAGGCUCUUCGAGAUUGCCGACAUCAUUCUGAACUUUUCCUCAACUAUCGCCGAGAUGGUUCUCCAUUCAUGAAUCUCCUCCAAUGCGCCCCUCUCUGCGACAGCAAAGGCCGCGUGAAGUAUUUCAUCGGCGCACAAAUCGAUGUCUCAGGUCUCGCCCUAGAUGGUGCACAGAUGGAGUCACUGAUCGAACUGCAAUCCCGCUACAGAGACCCAGAAGAGGAAAGCGUGGCUGAACUGCCAGCUAAGAAACACAAGGACGAGUUUCAAGAAAUGUGCGAAUUAUUCAGUCCGCGUGAGCUCAACGCUGUACAGGAGCAUGGCGGCGAUCUCUUCCAACCGAUGAAUAACAGAACUUCUGUGCGCGGGGGACGACAGUGGUUACAGCGUGGUGGCUCGCUUGAUAGUGAGUCGGAGGCAAUUCGUCUUCGAGAUCUCAAGUCGCCAUUACUGCGUGGGUCUUUGACUGGUGUUUAUGAGAAUUACCUCCUCGUCCGACCCUACCCUUCCUUAAAAGUCCUCUUCACAUCACCCUCUCUCCAAAUCCCCGGCAUGCUCCAGUCGUCCUUCCUCUCUCGAAUCGGUAGUUCGAACGCAGUCAAAGAUGAACUCGUACAAGCGAUGGAGCAAGGGCGCAGUGUGACAGCACGAAUCAAGUGGGUUACGCGGUUCAGCACCGAGGGCCGUAAUCGCUGGGUUCACUGUACACCUUUGUAUGCGAGUAAUGGUGAGGUUGGUGUGUGGAUGGUUGUUAUUGUUGACGAUGAUGAGGAACAGAUUAUCAAUUGGCGCACUUAG